AUCCAUCAAAUUAUAAUUAACUCCUCCAAAAAAAAUAAAAAAAAUAUUAUUAUUACCAUGGAGAUCAUAAGGAAUUGUUUUUCAAGUUUUAGAGUCUCAUUUUUGAUGAUCAUUUUAUUGAUCACAAGCUCACCAGCUUCUUCUCAGAUUUCAACCCCAUGCACAAACACACUGUUAAGUAGCUUCACUCCAUGCUUGAAUUAUCUCACUGGAAGCACUAAUGGUGGCGGAUCUCCAACUUCCGACUGUUGUGAUUCCCUUGGCUCUCUAAUCAGUAGCAGUGCUGAGUGUGCUUGUAUGAUUAUUACUGGCAAUGUUCCAAUCCCCAUAAACCGUGCUCUGGCAAUCUCACUUCCUAAAAUUUGCAACUCAAAAUCUGUUCCUCUCCAAUGCAAAACUUCCUCAACUCCCUUGCCAGCUCCAGGUCCAGUGGCUUUCGCACCAUCCCUUCCUCCUCUAUCUCCAACAACAAGCAACGUGCCAGGAUCAGAUUCUUCAUCACAAGCAUUGCCCCCAUUUCCAACACAGUCUCCACCGGCGCUCACUCCUCCGGCCAUAGUUCAAACUCCGACGACGAAUUCUGGGCAACCAACCCUUGUGAUUCCCAGUUCGGCUUUUAAGCUUUCAGGCAUUACAUCAGCUGCACUACUCCUAAUCUUUGGAACUCUCAUAUUGAACUAGAUUUUAAAUGUUUCAUUACAGUAUUAGUGUCUAUUAUAUAUAUAUAUGUAUCCUCUUGUAUUUUUUUGUUGUAUU